AUGGCGACAAGGAGGCCUUUGCAGCGUAUCUUGAGCAGAGUAGGAAGCGUUCGGAAUUUCUCUAGCGCCCAACCUGAAGCAAAUUCAGCUUCCCCUUCUCAACACCUCAUUGGCUUGGAGUCUGAGUGCAGUGCUCACAAUUACCAUCCAAUUCCCAUUGUUUUUUCUCGGGCAAAGGGAUCGACUGUCUGGGAUCCAGAAGGGAACAUGUAUCUGGACUUCCUCUCAGCUUAUUCUGCUGUCAAUCAGGGGCAUUGUCAUCCCAGGAUCAUGAACGCACUAGUGAAACAGGCUGAAAAUCUCACUCUUAGUUCAAGAGCAUUUUAUAAUGACAAAUUUCCAGUAUUUGCCGAACGCCUUACCAGCAUGUUUGGAUACGACAUGGCACUACCAAUGAAUACUGGAGCAGAAGGAGUAGAGACAGCUUUGAAGUUGUCAAAGAAAUGGGGAUACAUUAAGAAAGGAAUACCGAAAGAUGAGGCUAUAAUUGUCUCGUGCUGUGGUUGCUUCCAUGGACGUACACUGGCUGCUAUAUCCAUGAGCUGUGACAACGAGGCAACUCGUGGAUUUUGGCCCUUGUUGCCCGGCAAUCUUAAAGUUGAUUUUGGUGAUGCAGCUGCCCUUGAGAGGGUAUUUAAGGAGAAAGGAGAUCGGAUAGCUGGUUUUUUGUUUGAACCCAUCCAAGGAGAGGCAGGGGUUAUAAUUCCCCCGGAUGGCUAUCUGAAAGCUGUUAGAGAUCUUUGCUCAAAAUUUAAUAUUCUAAUGAUUGCUGAUGAGAUACAAAGUGGGCUAGCCCGAUCUGGAAGAAUGCUGGCCUGUGAUUGGGAAGGGGUCCGCCCUGAUGUCAUAAUAUUGGGAAAAGCAUUGGGUGGUGGAGUGUUACCUGUAAGCGCGGUGCUAGCAGACAAAGAUGUUAUGCUUUGUAUUCAGCCCGGAGAGCAUGGAAGUACUUUCGGGGGGAAUCCUUUGGCCAGCGCUGUUGCCAUUGCAUCUCUAGACGUGAUAAGAGAUGAAGGACUUGCAGAGAGAUCUGCUCAGAUGGGAGAGCAGCUCAGGCUCCAGCUAACGAAGAUUCAGCAGCGGUUUCCUGAAUUCAUAAAGGAAAUUCGAGGAAGAGGCUUGUUCAAUGCGGUAGAGCUGAACAGCAAGGCCUUGUUUCCCGUGACUGCUUACGACGUAUGCCUAAAGCUGAAGGAGAGAGGGAUUCUUGCCAAGCCAACUCAUGAUACUAUAAUACGUUUGACGCCCCCUCUUUCAAUGAGUGACCAUGAGCUUCAGCAAGGCUCAGAGGCAUUGCAUGACGUUUUGGAGCUCGAUCUACCAAAGAUGCAGAAAGAAAAGCCAACGACGCCAUCCCAUGCUGCAUCUGUUAAUGUAUGCGACCGGUGUGGGCGCAAUUUGUAGUCUGCUGUUGAUGGAGUGAAACAAGUGGGCAAGCAUGCUGCUUGCAGCUAUUUCAAAUCAGGGAGGCAAGAAAUAUAUUAUUGUCUCAUUGUCUAGGGCUUGUAGCUUUUAGACAUGACUCAUCUUCUACUUCUCUUUUUGGACUCAUUUAUAUUUCAACUCCAAGUAGGUGUGAUGUCUUGAUUACUCAUUUGUGGAGGCCUAUUAUAGGAAACUACUACUUGUACUUUCAAAUUAUACUCACAAAUUGUACUCCCUCUCACAAAAUGCUGAUGUUGACAUU